AUGGGGCUGAGAUCAAGCUCGAAAGAAAUGCGCCAGAAGGAGCACGGUGGAGAUUCGGGUCAAUUGCAUAGGAAUAAUAGUGGCACAAACUUGGUUAGUACAUUGAUGAAAUCUUGGAAGAUAUCUUCGUUGCAGUCGCCGUCUCCGCAACGCAAUUCCGUAAGUUCGCUGGAUACAUCUAUGGGGGCCGAUGGGAAUUUUGAUGCGAUGUCGAGACAGCAAAUGAGUGCUAGGAGCAACUCAAACUGCUCGCCGUUGAGAUAUGUGAGUCCUGGUAGAAGCUCUGGUGGCGGUAGCGGAAGCCGCAGCGAGAGCCCUCGGACCUCCAGGAGUCACGGAUCUCGCCUCAAUCAUGGCAGUGGAAAUAACGGGAGUGGAAAAAAGAGUGUUAGAUACUUCAAGGACUUGGACGAAGAUUGGAGCGCAGUGAUAGAUGACUACAAUAUGCCCAUUCCUGUGAUAGCGAACGGGGGCGUGGCGUCGCCGACGACGCCAAAACUGACCAGAGCAUCCUCGAUGACUUCUACGCCUAACAACUCCAGCUCGAAUGUGGCGACAAAGAACGGCAGAACUUCAUUUUCGUAUCCACAGUUGCCGCAGUUGCAAAAAUCAUAUAGUUCUGAGCUGAGGUCUCAGCUGGAGCUGGAAAAUGAGCGGGAUGCGCAGGAAUUGAGCGCCAUCAUGCAGCGAAUAGCGAAGUUCGAUGCAAUCCUUAAGAACAAACAUAUUAUAAAUCAGCAAGAGCUAAGGCAAAUCAGCUGGAAUGGCAUUCCGAAGCUUCAUAGAAGCGUGGUUUGGAAGCUUUUGAUUGGAUAUCUCCCGGCGAACUCCAAGCGACAAGAACCGUUGUUGCGGAGGAAACGUAAGGAGUAUCGCGAUGGUUUGGCUCAUACUUUCUCCAGCCAACAUUCCAGAGAUAUUCCAACUUGGCAUCAGAUUGAGAUAGACGUGCCAAGAACUAACCCUCAUAUACCAUUGUACCAAUUCGAAUCUGUGCAGAAAAGCCUCCAAUGCAUCCUUUAUCUGUGGGCCAUCAGACACCCUACAAGCGGAUACGUUCAGGGGAUCAACGACUUGGUGACCCCGUUUUAUCAGACGUUUUUAACUGAAUAUAUGCCGAAGUCGCAGAUAGAUGAUGUGGAGAAGCUGGAUCCCGAGUCUUACAUGAGUCCCGAACAGCUGAGAGAUGUAGAGGCAGACACUUUUUGGUGCCUCACCAAGCUUCUCGAACAAAUCACCGACAACUAUAUCCAUGGGCAGCCUGGGAUCCUAAGACAGGUGAAAAAUUUACAACAGCUAGUCAAAAGAAUCGAUAGAGACCUGUACGAUCACUUCAAAAAGGAGAAUGUUGAAUUCAUUCAGUUUGCAUUCAGGUGGAUGAACUGCCUCCUCAUGAGAGAAUUCCAGAUGAGCGCUGUAGUAAGGAUGUGGGAUACCUACCUAUCCGAGACAUCAGUGGAGACUUCAGGAUCAUCUACAGAUCUCAUGCCGCCGCAUACUCCGACUGAACCGAUCAGGGCCACUUUUCAGUCUCCUGUCAAGGAAUUUGCGUCACCUACGUCGUCCUCGGGCACUGCCGGCGACGAGGUGCCCAAGAUGCGCCAGUCGUCACUUAACGAGUUUCAUGUGUUCGUGUGUGCAGCAUUUCUAGUCAAAUGGAGCGAUCAGCUUCUCGAGAUGGAUUUUCAAGAGAUCAUAACCUUUUUACAGAACCCUCCUACUAAAGAUUGGAAAGAAAGUGACAUAGAAAUGUUGCUCGGCGAAGCUUACAUUUGGCAAUCUCUCUAUAAAGAUGCAACCUCCCAUUGGCAAUAG